AUGGACAGCAAAGAAGAUGAAAUCUGGAACCAUCAACUCCCUAACGACCUUCCCCCGCCCCCACCAUAUUCAGAAGAGCCAUCUCAAGCAGCAUCAUAUUCACAAGAGCACGACAGCCACUCUGCAUCCCAGACCUUCUUUGUCGACUUUACAAGCUGGAAGCUUCGCCAUCUCAACGUAACUUUGGGUGACCGUGAUGGCCCCUUAGUCUACAAAGCAGACCUCACCAACAGAAAGCCACACAUGAAAUUCCAAAUCGGCCAGGGAGAAACCUCAUUCGCAACUGUCGUUUUCCGUGCAUGGAAACCUCUGAUAGAAAUCAAUAUCAAGGGCCAAGACAUUGUCCUCCAGCGAAAAACCCGUAGAAUUCGUGAAGGUAUCUACGAGUCUCCUAAUCUGGGCACCACCUUGACAUGGCAGAACCCAAAUACGCGCAAGCUAUUUGAUUUUGAUUGUACGAGCAGAAAUGGUGCUCUGCUGGCUCGGUUUACGGCCAACCAAACCUGGAGUAUGACGAAGGCCGGGAGGUUGGAGAUUUUCGGGGAGAAAGCAGCGAAUGGGGAGAUUCUGGAUGAGCUUGUCGUUACGGGGCUGGCAGUGGCAUACUGGGCUCUUUGCGAGCAUAUCGCUAUUAACUAG